GCUUCGGAUAGCUACGGGAUGCUUUGUUGGUACAAUUGUUGACGAUUUUUUUUACGUUAUUAUCGUAUGAAAAUUAAAAGCGGGAUCCGGUUUCGCAUAUUCGUAGCUUGUAUUGUAUUUCAUAGUGGACAGUGAAGUGUCUGUGUUUGAAAUCGUGUUUUGCUGUGGUUUAGGUAAGUGUGGUGAUAAAGGACUGGUGUGGAACAGGCAUGUUUUUUAAUGCAUGCAAUGGUUGCAAACAAUGAAAUAAUUAAUGUCGAUUGCGGGAAUGCAGACGUUAAAGAUUGAGUAGCGAGAUGAUUAAAUGUGUGCUCAGUGAUUGGACGUAGAACAUAUGCUUAAAAUGCCACGAACCGUUUCCCGUGCAAAAAACUGUCAAAGUGACAUUGACGUUUAAGUGAUCGGAAUGUAAUCAGCAUGGUGACAUUGAUGCCGUGUAGCUACCUCGGCGGCGGGUCCCCGCGAUGCAGUCUGGACCACACAGAACCCAAGACUAAGCGAUCUAGACAGGACACCGGUACAGAUGUUAGAUUGUCAGAAGAAGGCGCGAGCCCAGAAUCAGAAUCGACGUCCGAAUCGCCGCCUUCCCUCCUCCAGGAUGCAAACCUCCCAGCGCUCCUAGCCACCACGUACCCCAAUACAUCUUCCAACUCAUUAACCUCCGUGGACGCGCUGGGUCUGACCCCUGGAGAGGUGGAUAGCUGCUUACCAAACGGAUGCCCCAGCACCCUUGCGUUGCCGUUGACGUCAGCUGGCCUGUGUUCCACCUCCACGUCUUCGGCGGUAGCGUGGUUGAUGAAUGAGGAUAGCACUGGUGGUGUUAAGAGCGAGGUCCGCAGCCCGGGCCUAUGCGAAGCGGACGUGGCGCUGUACGGGGAAGCGCUGCCUUACGACCAAUCCGCACUGUCCUAUCAGUAUUAUAAUAGGUAA